AUGGAGACCUCAGAAUCAGCUUCUGUCUCAGGUGGGUACCUAAUGGCGGAGAGCGAAAGUCCCAGCGCUCUUGUCCGCCGCUCUGCGACCGUCCCGCACCUGGAAUGAGCGGCUCCUUGCGCUGCGCCCGCAGCCGGUGCCGCUGAAAUGGACCCGGUGACCUUCAGGGAUGUAACACUAAACUUCACCAAGGAGGAGUGGAGCCUGCUGGACCCCGAGCAGAGGAGUCUCUACAGAGACGUGAUGCUGGAGAACUUCCGGAACCUGGCCUGCUUAGAUGGGGCGAUUCAACAUAAAACCAAAGACUCAAUCCCUCAGCAGGGCAUUCUUGCUAAAAAGACGUUUCCUGAAGCCAGCAGAGCGUGUCUCACGAGCAACAGUGCCCCGCUGGGAGGAGGCUGGGAAUGCCCCCGAACACAGGAGCCGCGCGGGAAGCCCACCGCAGCUGCCCGCGCGCAGGGCACGUCUCCGGCCGGCGUGUGCGCGUGCCCCGGCAUGCGGGCAGGCACCGGCCCGAGCUCAAAGCGCGGGCCUUCCCAGGGAGAUUGCACAAGAAAAUACAGCCCCCUACAUAUUUCAAGGCCAAAUUGUGUCUUAACAAAUAAUCACAAAACCUCCGAAAUCAGCAAGGAUGGAGGAGGAUGGUGGCAGCACAUUCCGUCAGCCCCGAGUGUGAGAACUCCGAGAGGGGCGAACUCAAACCCUCAGAACAACGGGCUUCGUGCUCGUGAGACAAUGUGUGUGGGCGUUGAUGACCAGGGAUGGGAUCCGUCUGGGAACGUCUUCACUGAAGACUGUGUCCUUAAGACACACGAGACUCAUGUUGCAGAGAAAAUGGACGAGUCUAAGGAGUUUGAAAAGACCUGUCGAGGCCGCCCGCUCUGGGGUGAGCAGAUGCAGUGUUACACAGCAGAGACAAAUAGUGAGAACAACCAGCGUGGGAAACCCGCUGCCCCCCUGCCGAAGCCUGAGUCCCACAGGAACACCAGGACUGGAGAGAAAAUCUAUAAAUGCGAAGACUGUAGGAGAGCCUUUGCUUACCACUCUUUCCUAAUGCAGCACAUGAAAAUUCACACUGGAGAGAAACCCUACGAAUGUGAGACAUGCGGGAAAGCCUUUCGAUACUCCUUACACCUCAACAAACACUUAGCGUGGCACGUUGCAGAGAAGUCCCACAAAUGUAAGGAGUGUGGGAAAGCCUUCCGCAGGUCCUCAGACCUCACCAAACAUACGAGGAUUCACACUGGAGAGAGGCCCUACGUAUGUAAGGUAUGUGGAAGAGACUUCACUGUUCGCUCGGGACUUAAGAGCCAUCUGAAGAAGCACAGCUAA